UAUUGGUUAUUAAAAUGUAAUAAAAUAAAUUAAUGUCAUUUCUAUGAUUGUAACUGUUUGGUAAUGUGUAUAUUAAGAGAAAAAUAUACUGUGUGUUAGAUGUGUUGCACGUGUGACAGUAAUUAUAGCAAUGAUUGCUGUAGUGCUUUGCUGAUGAAAACGUGUUAAUGUUCUUCCGCGAGAUGCUUGCUUUAUUUAAAUUCAUGGGCGAUUUUUUUCAUUUUCUUCCAUUGUUUGUUUUCUUUACAUUCGAAAGCACUCAGAAUAAAGUGAGCUGAUCUGCUGCUGAUCCUGAAUGGCUUGUUUAAUGAGUGUUAACAGUCUGAGGCUCAUCAAUAUUAUCAGCUGCUGAAAAUCCUCUAGGCUAUAUUUGUUAAUAGCUCCUGUUUUCUCCUCAUGUUAUGCAGAUUUCCUGUAAACUGUCAGUUAAAGUUCAUUUCAUUCUUCUCAUCAAACUUAAACUAUGCAGUUACUACUAUGAUAUCUUCAAGACACAAAUGUAACAUUUAUUUCAUCAUUAGUCUGUGUUAGACUUUGUUUAAUAUAAACCAACACAAAACUAAAAGCCAAUGAACAACAAAUCUAACUCAAAUGGAAGGAAUUAUGGAAACUGAUUUUUUUUUUUUUUGGUUACAUAACUUCUAUUUAUUCUUUUGACUUUUUUUUUCUUAACAUUCUAAUAUUUGUAAAUAUUAAAUGUGAAAAUCUUAAAGACAAAACAGAAAUGCAUGUGUAAAUUUGUAUAAAAUUCAGAUACUUUACUAUAAAUAACAGAUAAACAUAAAUGCUUAAUAUGUGAAUUAGUAGAAAAAACAAAUUCACAAACUUUGGCAGAUCUGCUCCUCCUCCAGUGAAGCUCCUCCCACAACAAUCACUCCUUCAGUGAAGCUCCUCCCACAACAAUCACACCUUCAGUGAAGCUCCUCCCACAACAAUCACUCCUUCAGUGAAGCUCCUCCCACAACAAUCACACCUUCAGUGAAGCUCCUCCCACUGCAGUUCAGCAAUAAAUGCUGGAAUAUUCCCAUCAGUCUACAAGUGAAGACGAGCAUCAGAGCAUCAGGAAGAAGUGAAAUCUGCAGAGACAGAGUUUAUUGAAGGACAGAGAGAACAUGAGAGAUCCAGAACCCUGCAGAAUGAAACACACUGAAGAACAAACAGGUCUAAUAGAGGAGAAAACACAUGUCAAAACUGAAGAUAAAAAUCACUCAGAGACUGAAAGUAUUUCUUUACUGAAAAGAAGAGACAAUAAAAGUUUCACCUGCACUCAGUGUGGAAAGAGUUUCACAUGCAAGACAAAUCUCAACGUUCACAUGAGGAUCCACACUGGAGAGAAACCAUUCACAUGUGAUCAGUGCGGGAAGAGUUUCAGACAAUCAUCAACCCUUAAGGUGCACAUGAUCAUCCACACUGAAGAGAAACCGCAUGAAUGUGAUCAAUGUGGAAAAACAUUUUCAUGGGUUUCAAGCUUGAGUAAUCACCUGAAAGUUCAUUCAAAGGAGAAACCACAUUCAUGUACUUUAUGUGGAAAGAGUUUUACACUACUGGAGAAUUUAAAAAGACAUCAGAAGAUACACACCGGUGUGAGAGAUUAUAUGUGCUUUGAGUGUGAGAAGACUUUUAUUUCAGCUCAACAUUUGAAACGGCACCAGAGGAUCCACACUGGAGAGAAACCUUACAAGUGUUCACACUGUGACAAGAGAUUCAGUCAUUCAGAAAACCUGAAAGCACAUGAGAGGAUUCACACUGGAGAGAAACCGUAUCACUGCACUGCAUGCGGGAAGAGUUUCGCUCAUUUAUCAAACCUUCAGAGACACAUGAGCAUCCACACUGGAGAGAAACCACAUGAAUGUGAUCAAUGUGGCAAAACAUUUUUGUGGGCUUCAAGCCUGAAGGAGCACCUGAAAGUUCAUUCAGAGGAGAAACCACAUUCAUGUUCUUUAUGUGGAGAGAGUUUUUCACGGCUGAAGAAUUUAAAAGUACAUCAGAAAAUACACACUGGUGAAAAAGCUCAUAUGUGCUUUGAGUGUGAGAAAACUUUUAUUAGAGCUGAUCAAUUGAAACGGCACCAGAGGAUCCACACUGGAGAGAAACCUUACAAGUGUUCACACUGCGACAAGAGAUUCAGUCAGACAAGAAAUCUGAAAAGACAUGAGAGUAGCCACACUCGAGAGAAACUGUAUCACUGCACUGCAUGCGGGAAGAGUUUCUGUCAUUCAUCAGCUUUAUGUAGUCAUACAAAAUACAAACACAGUAAGUAGAUCAUAGAUCCAGCACUUUUAAGUCUGAGGUUUCAACCUCGCUAAACGUGACACUCUAAUGCAGUGGUUCCCAAACCUGUCCUGGACGCCCUGCACCUUUUGUAUGUCUCCCUUUUCUAACACACCUGAUUCCACUCAUCAGCUCGUUAGUAGAGACUGCAAGAACUAAAUCGGGUGUUCUGAGAUUCAGAUCACCUCAAAGAUGGAAUUUCUCCCCAAGGAACGAUAUCUAAAGUUUUAUUCUUGUAUACAACUUUGCUUUAUAACAUAAAUUAAAUUAUUAUGCUAUAUUCCAAGAUUAAUUUUAUGUUCAUAAUGUUUUUCUAAUGCUUAUUUGUAGAAGGUUUUUUUUUUUUUUUUUUGUGCACAAAGGAAUCAAUAAGAGGAAUCAAUUUUAAUUUUAUAAAAAGUAGACUAUUCCUGACCUUAACCCUUAACAUUUUGUCCAUUUUAG